GCCUCCAGCUCUACACAGGAAGCAAUCUUAGAGCAGGCCUUAAAUGCCAGAUUCCAGGCAGAGUUUAACUAACCACUGACAGCUCUGUAAACAAACCAGGGACAAAAAGAGAACAGCUUUCCCUUUUCUGGUAGUCAUUUUUGGUUUGGGGGCUGCAGGGGAAUUCUGUAAUACUCGGCUUGAUGGGAUAUAAACCAAGGCUGAAAAGGCUUUGUAUAUGAAGAAGUAUAAAGGGGAAAUAUUUCAUGGACUAAAUCAUCAAAAAAGAUUUGGAUCUUUUCGGAGCUUCGAGAGUUUGAGCAGGCACCAUGGAUGACUUUGAACGCCGCAGGGAACUCAGGAGGCAAAAGCGUGAGGAAAUGCGCCUUGAAGCAGAGAGACUAGCCUACCACAGAACUGAUGAUGAUGAUGAAGAAGCCGCAAGAGAACGCCGCCGCCGAGCUCGACAGGAAAGGCUGCGGCAAAAGGAAGAGGAAGAUGUAGGAGGACAAGGAAUAGAGAAACCAGAAGCUAAUGCCCAGAACAGUGUUGUAGAAGAGGAGACCAAACGCACUACAACAGUUACAGACACACAAAUGGAAUCAAAUGAUGAUGCUGCCUUCUUGGAGAGAUUAGCAAGGAGGGAGGAAAGACGCCAGAAACGUCUCCAGGAGGCCCUAGAGCGUCAAAAGGAGUUUGACCCAACAGUCACAGAUGGAAGCUUGUCACUACCAAGCAGCAGAGAGAUAAACAAUGUGGAUGAAGAUGAGACCAUGGGGAAAGAGGAAAAAAUUGAAACACGCCAAGGACGCUACGAGAUCGAGGAGACAGAAACCAUUACCAAAUCAUACCAGAGGAACAACUGGAGGCAAGAUGACGAAGAAGAAGAAGUAAAGAAAGAAGAAAAAGAUAAGAAGGAGGUGCUGGAGGAGAAACCAAAGGAGAUACCCACAGAGGAAAAUCAGGUAGAGGUGACAAAAGAAAAGGAAACUAUAGGCAAAGAAGAUGUGUUAGAAGCAAAAACCCUAGCUGAGAAUAACACCAGUGCCCAAGUAGAAAGGGAGGAGGCCAUAAAUAUCACUCUUGUUCUUGAUUAUGGGAAACUUAGGGAUGAGGAAAAGCAAAAAGCUGAGGAGGACAAGAAAAGAGCAGAGGAAAAAGAAAGGCUUGAAGCAGCAGAGAAGGAGAGGAUAAAGGAGGAGGAGCAAAGAAAAGCUGAGGAAGAAAGAGAGAGAAUUCAAGCAGAAGAGAGAAGAGCAGCCCAAGAAAAAGAAAGGAUUGAGGCAGAGGAAAGAGCAAAAGCAGAGGAAGAGAAAAGGGCAGCUGAGGAAAGGGAGAGGAUCAAGGCAGAGGAGGAGAAGAAGGCAGCUGAAGAAAGGGAGAGGGCUAAGGCAAAGGCAGAGGAGGAGAGGAGGGCAGCUGAGGAAAGGAAAAGGGCAAAGGAGGAGGAAGAGAGGAAGGCAGCUGAGGAAAGGAAGAGGGCAAAGGAGGAGGAAGAGAGGAGGGCAGCUGAGGAAAGGGAGAGGGCUAAGGUAGAAGAGAAGAGGAAAGCAGAAGAAAAGGCUAAGACAGAGGCAGAGAAAUUAAAAGCAAAACAAAAGAUAGAAGAGAAAAAAAUUGAAGACAAAAAAUUACAAGAUAAACAGGUAAAAGAGAAGAAAAUACAAGAGGAAAAGCCUCAAGCAGCCUUCCUAAGGAAACAGGGGGAAGAAAAAGAGGUUAAAGUGGAACCUAAAAAGGAAAAGUUACCAGAUGAGAAACUUCGACCUCCUUUCAAAAAAGACCAGAUAAAAGAUGACAAGGCUAAUAAAGAAAAAGCACCUAAGGAUGAACUUAAGGCUAGCUGGGAUCGUAAGAAAGGACUUCCUGAAUCAAAGCCACAGAAUGGAGAACGUGUCCAGGAACUUACUAUCCACAAACUUAAACAUACUGAGAAUAUUUUUGGCCGCUCCAACCUGAAAACAACUGCAGAUGCUGAAGAAGCCAAGCCAGUGUCUCAGCUUGAAGCUGGCAAAAGAUUAGAGGAGUUGCGCCGUCGCCGAGGAGAAAAUGAGAGCGAGGAGUUUGAGAAGCUGAAGGAAAAGCAACAGGAGGCAGCCAUGGAGCUGGAGGAACUGAAGAAAAAGCGUGAGGAGCGCCGGAAGGUCCUUGAGGAGGAGGAGCAGAGGAGGAAACAGGAGGAGGCUGAGAGAAAAGCCAAAGAAGAGGAGGAGAAGAGGAGGCUGAAGGAAGAGAUUGAGAGGAGAAGGGCUGAAGCUGCUGAGAAACGUCAGAAGAUGCCUGAAGAUGGCUUGUCAGAGGACAAAAAGCCAUUUAAAUGUUUCAGUCCCAAAGGUUCAUCUCUCAAGAUUGAAGAACGAGCAGAGUUUUUGAACAAAUCCGCUCAGAAGAGUGGUGCAAAGCCCACUCACUCUGCAACAGUUGUCUCCAAGAUUGACAGCCGACUUGAGCAAUACACAAGUGCAAUUGAGGGCACCAAGGCUUCAAAACCUACCAAGCCAGCGGCCUCUGAUCUUCCAGUCCCGGCUGAGGGUGUUCGUAACAUUAAGAGCAUGUGGGAGAAAGGGAAUGUUUUCUCAUCACCUUCUGGGACAGGGACACCCAAUAAGGAAACAGCUGGACUGAAGGUUGGUGUUUCCAGUCGUAUCAAUGAAUGGCUAACCAAGACCCCAGAGAGCAACAAAUCGCCUGCUCCAAAACCUUCGGAUUUAAGACCAGGAGAUGUAUCCGGCAAACGUAAUCUCUGGGAGAAGCAGUCAGUUGAAAAGACAACCUCUACUACUAAGGUAACGACUAUGGGGAAAAAGUCAGAGACUAAUGCAGGUUUGAGACAAUUUGAGAAAGAACCAUAAGAGGCUACUAAAGAUGCUGGACCAACUCAGUUGAAAAAAAAAGUGCUAAAUUGUGCUUUUUAUAUUUAUGUUUAUUUACCAAAUGUUUUUUUUUUGCAUUAUCCCAGUUAAAACCAUGUAUAUUAGCACUGUAUUUAAUAAUCAGUCUAGACAUUCAUCAUAAUAGUACUGCCUUUGCACAAGAGCCUUUAUUCCUAAAGAAACCCAUGCUGUGAAAUAUAUCGACCUUUCUACUGAUAGAACUAAUUAUGUAUCUGAACAGCAAUUCCAACUGACAUGAGAGAUCAACUCAAAAUCGCAUGUACAAAUUGAGUUGCAUGAAAAAGUUGUGCAGUGAACCUAUAAAAACAGUGGUUACUUUUGGAAUACAGAAGUCUUUCUUUCUGCACUUUAAGGCAUGGAAGAAGUAUCUUUAGUUGACAAUGUAAUAUUUUCUGUAAGUUGCCCAUGUCAUGAAAAAUACUGCAUCAAUAACUUGUUUAAAUUUUGUUUUAUACUUUUUUAAAGUAUCAAUUUUUCCAUUUUAGUUUAAGUUAAUACCUAAAUUUGGAUGAUUAUGUUAGCUGACAGCGGUACUGAUACUUUAUUUUUUUUUGUUAGUGACUAGUAAUUGACUGCAAUUUAGAACAUAUACACACAUAGCUUUACAAAGUUUAGCUUUAAGGCACUACUAA